AUGCCACUGAAUCAGACUUCUUUUCCUGGCAACCUGCACUUGGUCUUGGUGCUUCGCCCCACCGGCUUGUUAAGCUCCACGCCCAGUCCGUCCUCCAGCACAGAUCUGGGCUUUCGCUUCAGUCAGGAUGACUUCCUGCUAAAGAUGCCAGUGGUGAUGCUGCGCUCGGUUGGUGACCUGCUGCGUUAUAUCGAUGAAAACCACCUGGCGUCAGAUUUUACUGCAAAGGUGGAAUAUUGUCAGAGUGACUGGGUCCUUCUACGAUCGUCCAUUGAGACCUUUGCAGUGACAGUGAAGGAGAUCGCCCAGCAGCUGCAGGGAUUUGGCUCUGAGCUGUCAGAGACCGAACUCCCAGAUGAAGCUAAUGCCAUUGAGUUCCUGCUUCACUCCCACACACAUCGAUACAGACAGAUGAAGGAUGAUAUCCGGGGGGUGCUGAAAGAAGGACGGCUGCUGCUGUCAAACCUGGAAACGCUUAAAGCUGCUAAAAGAGACGUUGCUGAGGAGAGGGAAAUACAAGCCGACAUGGAGACUGUUCAUAGGCUCCUGGCACAGCUUAGAGACAUGGAGGAGGCAUUUGAUGGUUUCUUUGAAAAACAUCACCUGAAGCUGCAGCAAUACCUCCAGCUGCUGCAUUAUGAAAGCAGCUUCCAUCAGAUGGAUGAGGUGCUGGAGCGGCUCUCUGCCCAGGAGAAGGAAAUCGCCUCUGUGGGAACUACCGUUGUUCAAACAGAGCAGCUACUUAAAGACCUGGACAGUCUGGAUAAACGUGCUCAGGAAGAGAUGACUCGUGCCCAGGUUGUGAUUUUGCAUGGUCACCAGUUGGCUGCUAACCACCACUACGCUCUGGCACUCAUCGUCCAGCGCUGCAACGAGCUGCGACAUCUCUGUGAUGUCAUCAGCACUGCCAUACGCACCAAGCGAGCUUCGCUCACCCGUACAAGAGACCUGCUGGUGCGCCUUGAGGAGGCUCUUCGUUGGUGUGAUGAGGGGGCUUAUCUGCUCGCCAGUCAGAUGGUGGACAAGUUCCAAACCAAAGAGGGAGCUCAGGAAGCGCUGCAGUACCUGAGCAGCCACCAGGAGAGGGCGCCAUCUGUUCUAAAAAACAGUCAAGACACCGUGAGCCUGGAGUUUGAAGCUGUACUCACACCACAGCUGCAGUCCCAGAUCACUAUGGUGAAGGACAAGCUGAGCUCGGUUCAGUGCAUGAUUAGAAACAGAGAGCAGUGUCUGAAGAAGCUGGCAGAUGUCCAGGUUCGACCCAUACAGCUGGUGGCGCCUCGGCCUGAACCGGAUCAGACCGUACUCCGCUGCAAGUCACCUCUCUUCUCACCAAAACACGGUGUCGACUUCAACGUCUUAAACUCCAAAUUCUCAUUUGAUCUGCUUCCUGGCAAAAGGGCUGCUAGGAGAAACAACAGCCCACGCAAGAUUGAGGUGAUGCAUGACUACCAAGGUAACCGCAGCUGCCUGUAUGGCCCCAACUCUGAAACUGAUUCAGAGGCAGAAGAUAAUCCAGAACAGGUCACAAGGCACGUUAUGAAGGAACUGAUAGCUACAGAGAGGAUCUAUGUGGAUGAGCUGCUCUCUGUUCUUCUGGGUUACAGGGCAGAAAUGGAGGACCCCUCCAUGUCUUAUCUUAUUCCCCCGGAGCUGCGAAGCCAGAAAGACGUUCUGUUCGGCAACAUGCCUGAGAUCUACCAGUUCCACAGCAGGAUCUUCCUCCGAGAUCUCCAGGGUUGCCUGGAGAACCCAGAGAGGGUCGGGGCCUGCUUUCUGCAGCGGAAAGACAAAUUUCAGGUGUACGAGCGUUACUGCCAUAACAAGCCCUGCUCUGAGCUACUUUGGAGACAGUGUUCUGAUUCGCCCUUUUUCCAGGAGUGCCAGAAGAAACUGGACCAUAAGUUGGGCCUGGAUUCAUAUCUUCUGAAACCGAUCCAACGCCUAACUAAGUACCAGCUGCUGCUUAAGGAGCUUUUGAAACACUGUGUGGAGGACCAGUACCGCUGUGAGCUCCAGGAGGCACUUGACUCCAUGUUGGAGCUGCUGAAGUCUGUCAAUGACUCCAUGCAUCAGAUAGCCAUCACUGGAUACCCGGGGGAUAUUAGACAGCUGGGCCGCAUUAUACUCCAAGGGAGCUUCAGCGUGUGGAUCAGCCACAAACGGGCAGCGGUGCGAAUGAAGGAGCUGGCUAGAUUUAAACCCAUGCAGCGACAUCUCUUCCUUUACGAGCACGCCCUGCUCUUCUGCAAGAGACGAGAAGAGGACAGCCAUGACAUCUUCUACAGCUUCAAAUCCUGCCUCAGAAUGAGUGCGGUGGCGAUCACAGAAACUGUGAAAGGAGAUGUGAGGAAAUUUGAAAUCUGCUACAGUGGCAGAGAAGUUGUAUACAUAGUUCAGGCUCCUACCGUGGAGGUCAAAGUUGCCUGGCUGAACGAGAUUCAAAAAAUACUCGCCAACCCACAGAAGAUAUGUCAAGACGAGGCUUCUUCUCUGCCGCUCACAGACAACUUCCUCUCUGACAGCACGUCAGAGAUGUGUGUGUCGUGGGACGGCGCGUCGGUGGGAGGCUGCUCAGCGUGUCUUCCUGUUCCUCACAGUUCCUCUGCGACAAGCCACUCCCACACCUGCAGAGCGGAGGACUCCACACGUUCCAGCCCUGCCCAUUCAGAGCCUGUGGUUCACUCACCUCGACGAAGUUGGCCUGCUCCUGCUCACUCUGUGGCGAUUUGUGAGGGUCUGGAGGACUGGGGAGCCACAGACCUCUCUGCCUUAUCUGACUCAGAUGAGGAGGAUCAACCUGCCCCACUGGUGGCAGGCAGGUAUAGGGUGAUGGUAGAAAGCAGCAUGGCCAGCGCCGAUGACAUCAUCUUUAACUGCGGCGAUGUCAUCCAGCUGCUUUAUGAGGAUUCAUCGGGAGUAUGGAUGGUGAAGAAUAUCAGUCGUGGUGAGGAAGGUCGAGUUCAGUCUGAGGACCUGCACAGGAUUCUGGGAGAAAGCUGCUGAGAGCCAUUUAAAAGUUCCUUUCUGCCAGAAAACUCAUAUCAUCCUUUAAUUUGCUAAACAAAUGUGGCCGUUUGAUUCAGUCGAGUCAGACUGAAAAACAGCAUCAGCCUCCAGAGAGCUGUGACAGGUUCCCCAUCAGGAGCUGAGUAUUACGGGACAGACCUCAGAAGACUGUUACAAUGGAAAGCACACAAGCCAUCACUAUCUACCUUCUCCAGCAAUGAUGCAGAAGAUUGUUUGGACCGGACCAGUUUGGUGGUUCCUUCUCAUACUUCCUAUGUGGACUUUUAUUUUAAAAUCAUAAAUGAUAUUUUCUUAUAAAAUAUUUAAAAAAGCAUAAUCAAAUGCUAUGGACGUAUCAUUUGUGUGCCAUACAGCAAAACUGACCACUGAAGCUUCUGUUUGUGAAGUUUUGUUUUGAGUGACACCUGCUGUGGCCAUCUUUGACAUUAUGGGAUGUAUUCUUUUUACGGGUGAAGAAAUCACCUCAUUAACUUUCUUAGAGCCCAUUUGCACUGGAAUAAGAAUGCACUAUAUAUUGAUAUAAAAUAUCAACCUCGCUGUUUUCACAGGGUGUUGGGGAGAUGUUUUUGCCAAUAGUCAUGUAAAGCUCUAACUUUGAGCGCAGACAAAAUGUUUAAAUGUAUGGUGGAGGAUGUUCUUUUUCUGGGUGGAUCAUCAAAAUAAGUCCUUCGUCAUUCUGAUGAUAUGUUAACGUAAGGCCGUCCUACGUGCUCGUCCCUAUUUUCACUUACCGGUGCGGUUGCGGUGAGUCUGGCAUAGCGGAAAAACUGCAAAUCUUCUUUUGGAAAGUAAGCUUGUAUGAGUGAUGCAAACAGCAACUUUUAAACGGAGCGUGCACAAGGAGAAAGGGGCUCAUGCACGGUCUUGCACGCGUUUAAAAGGCUUUCGGGAGUGGGUACAGCAUUAUGCAUGUGCAUUGAUUUUUUUUUUUUAGGUGGAGAGGACGGGACUUUUCAAAUAUUCGCAAAAAUCCUCCACUAUACCUUUAAGGCAAGGUAUUUGAGGUUAUCAUCAUGGGGUGAUAUGUGCUCGUCUUGGGUGCUCCAUAGCCGAUUCCAAUUGCAGUUAUAGUAAGUGAUCAUUGAUAUAGAUGCAGGCUUAAAGUUAAAACCAGCACAUCAUCACAUCCACGCCAGCAGUCUGCCCUGCCUCUGCUAUAACUCUAUUUAGAAGGAUCUUACCAAUCAGUUGAAAUAAAUAUUCCUCCAUUUCCAAAGCAAUAAAUAAUGGUUCGUCUUUAAAAAGAAGAGAUCAGUGUCCUCUCAGGUCCCUGUGAAAUACAGCCUCUAACUGGAAGGAAGUGGUGAUCCCUAAAAUAUCUGCCAAAACUAGUAGUUUGGAGGCUAAGAGAAUGAAUGGGUGGAGAAACUUUGAUUGAUUAUCAUACUGUGAUCAUUUAAAAUAUAAAAUGUAUUUAUUGAAUAUGGUUCCUUUUGAAUAUAUGCAUCAAAAUAUAUACUCAGACCACUGAAUCUGUUUAAUAUUUUAAGACAAAUGCAAUGACAAAUGUAUGGUUAGUCCUGCUAAGGUUACUGUCACUGGGAUUUUCCUUCACUUGCAUUCUGUCAUACCGCAUGUAUUGAAAAUACAUACCGUUUAUUUUCUCUACAAUUAAUAGGGUUGGAAGUGCAGAAAGUUACCCUAUGUGCGUGUAAAUUUAAACUGUUAAAAAUGCCUCAAAAGUUGCCACGCAGUAGAGUCAUUAACCCGAAUGGAGGUUUUCUAAAUUUGCUAAGAGUUACGGAGGCCUCAAAGAGUGUAGAGCGAUCUUAUUCUAGUGUAAAUGGUGAUAAAGUGAAAAAAGUCUUCCAGCUGCAUUUACCUAUAAUUGCAGAAGAAAAAGAACCUAAAUGGAUUAAAAUAACUGAUUUUGGAGUAAUCUUAAUUCCUUGCAUAUAUAACGGUGUUCAUCCUUUAUGCUUUUUUUUUUUUUUUUUUUAUCUUAUUUAUUCAUCUAUGAAUGUUCCAGUACAAAGGUGCAAAAAUAAAUCCAUCACCUUUGUACACCAAUGGUUUUAACUAGGGAUGCACGAUAUUGGGAUUUUGGCCGA